AUCAUAUUUGUCCUACACGGCUUCCGUACUCGUUCGCAUGUGAACAGAAGGUCAGAUAUGGCAGCCUGCGCGAAGAGAGUGGACAAAUUUAUGUUCACUCUAAGGUUAUUACGAAACCUUCAACUACGAAAUGAACGGUCCCUGUCCACGUCUCUGUGCCGUCUCGCUGCGGGGACAAACAGCGAGCCUCCUAGAUUCACCCCUCCAUCUAAACCUGUCAUCAUAGAUAAAACACAGACUGCUGCAUCCCUGCGGAAGUUCCUGAGCCCUGAGUUCAUCCCUCACAGACAGAGAAUAAAUCCCAUCAAGUUUGCCAUAGAGAGGAAAGACAUGAUUCGCAGAAGGAAAGUGAUCGACAUUCCUGAAUUCUAUGUUGGGAGCAUCCUGGCUGUGACCAUGGCUGACUCGAACGCCAGUGGGAAGAGUAACCGAUUUGUUGGCAUCUGUAUCCAGAGGGGCGGAAAGGGGCUGGGAGCCACAUUUAUACUGAGAAAUAUCAUUGACAACCAAGGUGUGGAGAUAUGCUACGAGCUGUACAGCCCUCGCAUUCAGACGAUCGAGGUGCUGAAGCUGGAGAAGAGGCUUGACGAUAACCUGAUGUAUCUGAGAGACGCUCUGUCCGAGUACAGCACUGUGGACCCCGAAAUGAAGCCUCUGCCCAUCUCUCCCACUGGAGAGGUGCCCUUGAACCAGAUGAAAGUAAGGAUGCGGCCCAAGCCAUGGUCCAAACGCUGGGAACGACCCAAGUUCGACAUCAAGGGAAUCCGCUUUGACUUGGCUCUGACCCCCGAGCAGAUGGAACACGCUCAGAAGUGGGCGGAGCCUUGGAACGAGUACGACAUGCUGAAGGAGUACGACACAUCUAAACUGGAGGAGCAGAUCCACAAGGAGGUGCAGCAGGAGAUGAGCAAGUGAGGAAGAUUCUAUCGGAAGUGUGUUCUCAGUAUCACCAUCAACAGACUUCAUUCAGGAGCGGGAAGACAGGAAUAUGAGCUUUAUAUGGAAGUGGAACACUCGGCUGGAUUAUCAUCAGUUUUGAGUUUUGCAGAUGCAACACCAGUGAGUUAAAAGAAGAUCCUCCAGUGUGGAAACAGGUGUUUUCUGAAGAAUCAAGCAGCCUCUGUUUGUCUCUCCGGUCUGCUGUGCUGUGCAGUAUGAGUUUGAAAUGUCACUGUUGUAUCUGUCAAUAAGAGGUUUCUAUAAUAAAAGUUUAAACUGA